AUGGACGUCCCUCGAGAACUCGUCGUCUGCGUCUUUCUGCACGGGUUCAAGGGUGGAGCAGACACUUUUCUCACGUUUCCCGACCGCCUCGUCAACAUCCUCUCGCCUUGCGGCAUCGCGCUUGAACCGGUGGUGUACCCGCCCUACGACACGCGAGGGGAACUUGUGACCGCAGUCGACAACCAUGUCACCUGGCUCACGACGCUCGUGGCGGAAAAGACGGCACGCUUCAGGGAGCUGGGAGGCACAGGGCCGGUGCGGGUAGUGCUGCUGGGCCAUUCCAUGGGUGGCCUCGUCAUCGCCGACACGCUCCUCUCCACACUCUCCUCCGCAUCUCUCCCUAUCCUCGGUCUCGUCAUGUACGACUCGCCCUUGAUCGGCCUCAACCCCGCCGUAUUCAAGUCGACAUUCGACAAGGCGCUCGACAUCGCCUCGAGAGGCCAGGCUGCUCUUGCUGCAUUGGGCGCAGGGUACGGCCUGUUCAAGUCGGCCACAUCAAAACCAGCGUCGCCUGCCGCCUCGGCACCCUCGUCCGGCAAAUCCUCCCCUGUGCCUUCUUCCUCCUCAAAAGCCGCGACCGCUCGCAACGGCAAGGACGACAAGGUUGCCGUCCCUCCACCCGCCGAGUCAGCUUCCGCUACUCCCGGCUCAAACUGGAUGUCGUUCCCGUACAUCGCGGCGGCGGGCGUGACAGCCGUCUUUGGUGCGGCAGGAGCGGCGUGCUACAAUCGGGACACGCUGGCGAAGCAUUGGACGUGGGCGACGAGUCACCUGAGCUUUGUUGGUGAGCUGUGGAAGACGGACGAGUUGGAGAAGCGAUUGCAGGAGGUGGUCAAGGCGAAGGAGAAGGGCAUUGGCUUCCACUGCUUCUACACCCUCAUUCCCGCGAAAGGAACCGCCCCGGAUCGCACCUUCCUCGUCCUCCCUCACUUGCCCGCCCUCCGCGCCCACUUCACCCCCUCGCGCACCGUCCAAGCGUCCGACGAGAUCGGCGCGCACAUCCACAUGUUCGACUCGGACGCGACGUACUCGCUCGGACAGGAGACGGCCAAGCUCAUCACCGAGUGGGUCGAGAAGAGCAGGAGGGGAGAGAUGGGGUUCUGGAAGGGCGAUGCGGCGAAGGGCGGGGAGGCCGCACAGGGUGGAGAGGCCGAGAAGCUCGUCUAG